AUGGCAUCUACUAUACUAUCAUCUGCAUCAUAUCUUAAUUAUUUAAAUGAUUAUAUUAAUAUCAUAUUGAAUUAUACUGAUCAAAAUUUAAUUGAAAAUUUAAAUAAAUCUUAUUUUGAUGAAAUCGAAACUUAUGCACGUUCGAUACUUACUCAAUGGCAUAGUGAAGAAUCAAUUGAUAAACAAGCAUUAUUAUAUAUUGAAAAUGUUGGAUAUCUUAAUCGUAAAAUUGCUUCACUAACAAAAACAUAUUCACUUAAUGAAAAACAAUUCGAACGUAUUGAAGAUUUACUUUGUAAUUCAGAAAUUAUUCAAUUAAUAAUAUCAAUAAUUGAAUCAUUAUUAAUAACAAAUGUACGACAUAAAGAUAAUUUUCUUCGUUAUUUAUCAAUAUUAAUUGAUUCUUUUUCUUCCAUGAAAUAUUCAAAAUCAAUUUUUAAUGAAAUAACUCAACAAGUUAUAGAAUCAAAAUAUUAUAAACAAUAUUUAAUUGAAUUAAUUUCAUCAUCAGAUAUUCAAUCUGUACAUCUAUUUUUUAUUGGUGCUAUUAGCCAACUUGCUUCACCUAUUCAAAAUCUAACAAUUAAUGAACUUUAUUCAAAAUUUCUUACAACAUUUUAUAAUGAAAAAUAUUUUCCAAAUAACAUUGAUUUACAUUAUUGUACAUUAGGUAUACUUUCACAAUUACAAAUAUCAUUUUUAAUCAAUGAUUAUUCAUGUAUAUCAACAUUAAUAUCUAUAUUUAUUCAUGUAUCAACAGAAUAUAAUAAAAGAUUUCUUUUACCAAUUUUAAAUCUAUUUAAUCGUCUUUGUAUACAAUCAAAAACAGUUGCUUGUUAUUUAAAUACUGAUGAAUUAAUUGAUAUACUUCUUCAAUAUGUAACAAAUCAACAGGAUUAUCAAAUACAUAUUCAAACUUGUCUCUUACUUGGACAUAUAAUUAGUGAAAAACAAAUAAUUCAAUUUCGAAUUAAUUAUAAAUUAACAAUGAAAUUAAUUAAUUUAUUGCAAUAUCAUAAACA